CACAAGAUGAAAGGGAAGGGUGGUGAGGUCAUCAGGGAAGAAGAAAGGGCCAGCCAGAUUUUAUGUGAUGAUGAAAAAGGGAAAAGAGGGCAAGAAACGGAAGGGCAUUGAUCCCAAAAGAGAAAAAAGAGAAAGGGAAGAAAAAAAGAGGGGGAGGAAGGGGGGAAAAGCGCGCGAAGAAGAAAAAAGGAUCGGCCCACACCCAGGUGAUGUAUCAAGAUCAUCGAGACAUCAACAGAAAAGCCGACGGAUCAGCAUCGGGUAAGGUCCACUCCAAGGAAUCCGUUAGGAAUCCGUGGUCAUGCGUGGGAUCUGGGAUCUGGGCGGGCGCUUAGGUAAGCCCGUUGCUGCAGUCCGCGGCUGAAAAGCAGCCUCUUAACA